AGUCGGACAGGGAAGUGUCCUAACUUCUCAGAGCAGGUGUCUUCGGAGGAGCUCACUGGAGGCGUGAGGAGGGGACAUUUCACACAGGCUACGGCAUUUCCCUCUUUAUACCUCCUUGCGUAGCAGAUGUUGGCAAAAAUGGUUUCUAAGUUGACCUCUCUGCAACAGGAGCUCCUGAGCGCCUUGUUGGACUCUGGGGUUACUAAAGAUGUGCUUCUGCAAGCGCUGGAGGACCUGGACCCGAGCCCGAGCGCUUUUGGAGUUAAACUGGACAGUCUGCAGAUGUCCCCCUCCGGCUCCAAACUCAGUGACACGGAUACAAAGCCGGUGUUUCACACGCUGACCAAUGGACACGGCAAAGGGAAGUUAUCAGGGGAUGAGGGCUCAGAGGACGGGGAUGAUUUCGAUACCCCUCCGAUCCUGAAAGAGCUGCAGUCCCAAAACACGGAGGAAGCCGCGGAGCAGAGGGCAGAAAUCGAGCGGAUGUUGGCGGAGGACCCGUGGCGCGCGGCCCGCAUGAUCAAAGGCUACAUGCAGCAGCACAAUAUUCCUCAGCGCGAGGUGGUGGAUGUGACAGGCCUCAAUCAGUCGCACCUGUCGCAGCAUCUGAAUAAAGGCACGCCUAUGAAAAUGCAGAAACGCGCGGCGCUCUACACCUGGUACGUCCGAAAACAGCGGGAGAUCUUGCGACAAUUCAACCAAGCCUCGCAAGGCUCUGUCAGCAACAUGUCCGACAGAGCCAACCAGGAUCAGGUGCUACUUUUUUUUUCUGAGUUCAGUCAGUCUGGGCAGGGCAUGGGGAUGGGGCAGUCAGGGGACGAUGCUGGCAUUGAACCUGCAUGCAAGAAAAUGAGACGCAACCGCUUCAAAUGGGGGCCUGCAUCCCAACAGAUCCUUUACCAGGCUUACGAUCGACAGAAGAACCCCAGCAAAGAGGAGAGGGAGGCACUGGUGGAGGAGUGCAACCGAGCUGAAUGCCUCCAGAGGGGAGUAUCACCUUCUAAAUCUCACGGGCUUGGCUCCAACCUGGUCACGGAGGUGCGAGUCUACAACUGGUUUGCCAACAGGAGAAAGGAAGAGGCCUUUAGACAAAAACUGGCUAUGGAUGCAUAUAGUGGGCCAACACACAAUCUGAACUCCCUUCUUGCACACAGUUCUCCACAUCACCCGCAAACCAGCAACUCCCCACCAAGUAAGAUGCAAGGUGUCCGGUACAGCCAGCAAGGUCCGGGUGAAGUCAGUUCCUCUACAACGAUCAACCACCACAGCAGCAAUGCCUUGUCAACCAGCCAGUCAGUGUUACAGCAGGUCUCUCCGGGGGCUCUGGACCCCAGCCACAGCCUCCUGUCACCUGAUGCCAAGAUGAUCUCAGUUUCAGGUGGAGGUCUUCCUCCAGUCAGCACCCUGACCAACAUCCAUGCAUCCCACCAUGUGCACCAGCAGACCCCCAACCUCUUAAUGCCCAUUUCUGGAGUCAUGGCCAUUGCACAAAGUUUGAACACGUCGCAGGCACAGACGGUGCCUGUCAUCAACAGCAUUGCAGGCAGUCUGGCAGCAUUGCAGCCGGUGCAGUUCUCGCAGCAGAUGAAUGUCUCACACCAGCAGCUCAUGCAACAGUCACCUGGCCACAUGAACCAGCAACCCUUCAUGGCCUCUGUUUCACACUCACACAUGUACUCACACAAACAGGAGCCGCCCCAUUAUUCUCACUCGUCUCGGUUUCCCCCUGCCAUGGUGGUGACAGACGCCAACAGCCUCAGUACACUGAGCUCAAUGUCCUCCAGCAAACAGUGUCCGCUUCAGGCCUGGUGAGCACCUGACUUCCCUGACGCCAAGAACAUCGUCCCCACCGCCGUUCCCACUCAUCGCGCCCGUAUCUGUGGAAACCCAUAACAAGUGGCACUCUGGGUGAAGAUUUAGUCAAUAAACCAGGGGAUGCAGGACUGAAGAGAACGGACUCUGUUAGGUACACACUUUCGUGACAGUAUUGAGGAACAUGGGCGAUCCUGAAGAACAAACCAAUAGGAAACACAAGACAAAGCUACAGAUUCAAGGAGAGGAAAGACCUGGAAUAAGAACCAUGUGUUCAGUGAAGCCAUUCUAGUAGAACUGUGUGGAUACAGUGACAAUCAGCCAAAGUUAGAAGCAUCUGUAAGAGUUUCUGUGACGUGUAACUGAUGCAAAGACUUCUUCCGUGAGAUCUGACAACACUUAGACAAUGCUCUGUACAGUUGAAUGUAAAUACAAGCAAUUAUAAUAGCAUUAGUAUGAAGGAUGUAAAUAUUCGAUUGUCCAUGUGUUGUGCGCUGUUUUAUCGAUCUAAACUGUGAUUCCCGACGUGACAAUCUAUGGAACAGGGAUGACUUAUUUGAAUAUGCAAUUUCAGACUUUUUUUGACUACUUUGUUGACGUCAAAACGCGAGAUAAAUGUUAAAGCAAAACCUGAACCUAUUGAUCUCCCUGCAAGCCUGGUUUUAAAAUAGACGCCACUGUCAAUGUUGACUAUUAGCGUUAGUGUCGUCAGAGAGAUAAGAGUCAUCUUUCUGUGCCAGGACAUCCACGGUAUGCCAGAAGUAGUGGAUUUAAGAUACGGUCGAUUCAGAGAGACAGAUAACCUCAUCCGCAUAGCUGUUCGCCAUCUUUGCGAUAUCGACAGGAACGACUAUGAAUCAUGAUGUGCCUUUCUAAUCCAAAUAUUGACUUCCAAUCAAAAUCUCAUCGUCAUCGUGGAGAGAUACUGAAAAGAGCGCCCUGUUGAAUUGGUCAGCGGAAUGGUUAUCAGUAGGAAUUUCAUAAAAGUUGGGAAAUUGAGCCCAUUCGCCAGUUUAAACUGUAUUAGCUGCUCAUGCCACUCUGAACUACCAGGAAGCAUUGUGAAAUAGCUUUUAUUGUGGCUCUUGACUUUGUUUUUUUUUUUACAUUUGCUGGCAUGCAUUUCAUAUCUGACAUUGUCAUUUUGGUAAACUGAAGAAACGAGUGCACAUGUCCCCGUCUAAGAGUUUGAAUGCUUGUCAAAAGGUCACUUCAAUGUUUGUUUUUAAUGUUGUCGACUAUGUUCCCACUGCCAGUUGACCUGAGGUUACAGUGCUGGUUUAUUCUCUGGAUUUAUACCAAAUGUGAUUCUGUCCACAUUGUAUUAUUUUUGUAUAAAAUGAAAUCAGUCUUUUAAAAUCAUUAUUUAUGCUUUACGAAAAAAAGAAAGUAAAGUUUUUUUUUUUUCUCAAGAUUGAGAAUUGCGGUCUGUCUCUGAUUUCAGACGUAAAAGUAGAUCAUAUUGUAUGAAUUUCCUCAUACUAAAUUUUAUACUAGUGUUUGCCCAACUAUUAAGCAGUUUUACUGUCUAUUGCAUCAUUUUUCUUUUCAAGAUGAUUAUUUCUCUGACAUGGGUUUUACUAGCCGUUCCCUCCUGCAACAAUAAAUCUUGUUAAAUCAUGUAAACCUAAGGAUGAAGAGCUUGUGGUAAUCUCAAGCUUAAAGGUAUAGUUCACCUAAACAUGAAAAUCGUCUUCAUUUCUCAUUCCAAACCUGUAUGAGUUUCUUUCCUCUGCUGAACACAAAAGAAGACAUAAAACAUUUUUUGGCAACCAAACUUUGAAAAGGCAAACGGUACCCAUUGACUUUAAUUGUAUUUUAAAUAGGCAAGUCAAUAGUUACCGCCAUUUGUAACAUUCUUCAAAAUAUCUUUGUUUUGAACAAAUGAAAAAAAGACACACAAGUUUGGAACAAUGUGAGGAUGAGUAACUGAUGACAGAAAUUUCACUUUUAGGUGAACUAUCCCUUUAAUUGUCCAUUUUAGGAAUUAAUUUUAGGAAUUUUUUAUAUCCUGGUACUUUUCAUUAGGAUUAGGAUCAUGUCAGGAUUGAGUCUGGGAAAAAUGCUGGAUAUUUCAUAUAUUUUGUGUUGUAUAUUGUUCAGCAGCUUGAGUGAGGAUCAAAUGCAUGUCUGGAAGAAAACCUCCCUGUUGCUUUUUCUUUUCCUCCUACAGGUCUGAAACAACAGUUUUUCAAAUUCUCCACAGAGAAUUAGCUAUUACUAAACUUGGAGGAUGAGCUGCAUAUUGUUAAUGGGAAUGAACUCAAGCCAAUGCCACACAGUGAGAGUGGCCACAUUGUUGGGGUGGAAGAGUAUGCUGGGAAAACAUGGCUCCCUCAAAUGAAUUUACCUCAUUCUGCUCAGAAAAAACACACACAACAUUUGCUUAUUAUACAAGAGCCUUUUUAAUAAAACUCUAUUUUUAUUUAAUUAACUCCAUAUUCAAAGUUACACAUUUUGUCUGUGUAUAUAGAAAUUACUCAGAUUUUACUGUUGACUCUUUUGUCUUGCUAAAGGAAAUUUAAUAUUCAGCUAGCAUUUAUUUCAUACUUUUGAAUACAUAGAGCUUGACUGGAAAUUAUGCUCAUAAAAAAAUCCAUACAGUAAUAA